UGCUUUAAAGUUUUUCAUGAAAUUGCUUGAAAAAAAUUUUCAUUUGUGCCAAAUCUCAUUUCUUACCUUUCCUUCAGGUAUUCCAAAACACUUUUCUAGCCGAAAAUAACCUAAAAAAGUUUUUUCAGCAUUGCUUUUUGUGUUCUUUGUGUGAGAUUGUUCACUACUACAAGCAAGGAGCGAAGUUUACUUGCCGUCCACGUGAAAGUGACAAAAAUUACAUCAGAUUGAAUUUUGCAUUUUUUUCGUGCUAAAACUUUAUUUAUUUCACUGCAAAAUGUGCGAGAGGAAUGUGGAAUUGUUCAGCAAACUCCAGGAGAUGAACGACAUGGCAAUGGACUUGGAGAAUGAAAUACGAUCAAUGAGCGAUGUCGGUACCUCAAAUGGUAUGGAGUACGACGAUGAGGAGCUCACGAAGCUCAUGGCGGAGAAUCAAAGCCUCAAGCAUCGUCUCCACAUACUCAAUAAGGCAAUUGCAGAGUACAAGGCAACAGCUGCAGUGUUUGAGGUCAAUAGUCAGUUCUCGAUACUUAAUCAUCUCACUGACAUCUUCAGGGACGCCCUGACGCGUCUCUAUGACGGGGAAUUUGUCCACCUUGUCACGCUCGCGGCAACGAAUAAUGCUAAAUUCGGCGAUUAUCAGUUCAAUAGUGCCAUGACUAUUGCAAAAAUCUUCAAAGAUCGCGGCAUCGGGAAGAAUCCGCGGGAUAUUGCUGCGGAUGUGAUGCGGGAGGUGCAAAAGAGUGACAUUGUGGAGAAGUUUGAAAUUGCCGGUGGGGGCUUCAUAAAUAUCUUCCUAAAGAGGGAAUGCGUUGCGGGUCUCAUAAAGAGCAUCCUGGUGGAUGGAGUUCAUGCACCGUGUGUGCAACGCAAACGAGUUGUUGUGGACUUCUCAUCGCCAAACAUUGCAAAAGAGAUGCAUGUGGGGCAUUUGCGAUCAACCAUCAUUGGGGAGUCAAUUUGUCGUUUGUUGGAGUUCUUCAAUCACGAUGUCCUUCGUAUAAAUCACGUUGGAGACUGGGGGACACAAUUUGGGAUGCUAAUUGCGCAUUUGCAGGAUAAAUUCCCGGAUUAUACGAAGACAACGCCCUCAAUUAGUGAUCUUCAGGCUUUCUACAAGGAGUCAAAGGCACGCUUUGAUAGCGAUGAGGCAUUCAAGGCACGUGCCUAUGCGUGUGUUGUGAAAUUGCAGGCGGGUGAGAAGGAGAUCAUAAAGGCAUGGCAGGAUAUUUGCGAUGUCUCCCGGAAGGAGUUUCAAAUCAUCUACGAUCGUCUUGGGGUGCGACUCAUUGAGCGUGGGGAGAGUUUCUAUCAGAAGAGGAUGAUUGCAAUUGUCGAUGAGUUGGAGAAGGGGAAAUUCCUAGAAGAGGAUGAAGGAAGGAAGAUUAUGUGGAGCUCAGAUAAAUUGGAUGGAGAUCGUGGGAUCCCAUUGACGAUCGUCAAGUCCGAUGGUGGCUAUACGUACGAUACAUCCGACAUGGCGGCCAUAAAGCAGAGAAUUGUGGAAGAGAAGGCCGAUUGGUUGAUUUAUGUGACAGACUCCGGUCAAGCGACGCACUUCCAAAUGAUCUUUGCGUGCGCCGAGAGACUCGGGGUGAUUAACAGGGAGCUCCAUCGAGUGGAUCAUGUUGGAUUUGGUGUGGUGUUGGGUGAGGAUGGGAAGAAGUUCAAGACACGCUCGGGGGAUACGGUGAAGUUGGUGAAGCUACUGGAUGAGGGGUUGCAGCGAUCGCGGGAUAAGUUAAUUGAAAAGGGACGGCAUGAGCAAUUGACGCCGGAGGAGCUGAAGAUUGCCGAAGAAUCCAUUGCGUAUGGAUGCAUUAAGUAUGCUGAUUUAUCGCACAAUCGUAUCAGUGACUACGUCUUCUCAUUCGAUCAGAUGCUGGAUGAUAAGGGUAAUACAGCUGUGUACCUCCUCUAUGCGUACACACGAAUUAAAUCAAUUGGUAGGAAUUGCGCGGAGCACUUCAACAUGACGCAGGAUCUCAUUAAAUCCACCGAAAUUGUCCUUGAGCAUGAGAAAGAGUGGAAUUUGGCGAAAGUUCUCCUCAGAUUUGGAGAUGUUCUACUCAAAGUUUCCAAAGACUUCCUACUCAAUCAUCUCUGUGACUACACGUAUGAAAUUGCAACGUCUUUUGCGGACUUUUAUGACAAAUGCUACUGCAUUGAAAAGAAUAAAGCAGGAGAGAUUAUUAAGAUCAAUCACAGCCGUGUUCUCCUGGCAGAAGCAACUGCCAGGAUUCUGGAGAAGUGCUUCCACAUCCUUGGACUCAGUGUUGUUCACAAGAUGUAAAAAAAAUACGAACAGAGAACUUUGAAGUUUCAUGAAGAAAAUAAAUAAAGUUCUUUUUUGAA